AUGGCUCGCUUCCCCGAUGUAUCCGAGUCGAGGACACGCUCGGAAUCGGCACCUGUCGAUGCAGGCUCUGUCACAGCAAGUGUUGACCUGUCUGACGAUGCUUCUCGCCCUCGAUCCCUGUACGAACCCGCCGGUGUCGCCGAUCGCACAACACCUACCAGCAGCGUGUAUGAGGGUAAGUCCGGUAUACAGCGAAGUGGAAGCAUACGAAGUGCGAUAGGCCGGCAUAGAAAGCGCGGAAGUUCCGCCGCCACUGGCGGCACUGGAACUACAAUAGGCGCCGCCAUUGCGGCUGCCACUGCCUCUGUUGCACAUCCCCAAGUUCACUCAAGCGUUCCCAAACUUACUGGGUUUGCGGUCGCUAGUAAGAAGAGAAACCGUGAUUUUCACGCCCUCUUCAAGAGCGUACCUGAUGACGACUAUUUGAUUGAGGACUACAGUUGUGCAUUACAACGGGAGAUCCUUGCUCAUGGCAGAUUGUACGUUUCAGAGGGGCAUCUGUGCUUCAGCAGUAAUAUUCUCGGCUGGGUCACGACGCUAGUUAUGAGCUUCGACGAGAUAGUAUCAGUCGAGAAGCGAAGUACGGCGUUGUUGUUCAAGAAUGGUCUCAUGAUCUCGACGCUGCAUGCUAAGCAUAUUUUUGCCAGCUUCACAAGUCGAGACUCUACCUACGAUCUCAUUGUCAAGAUUUGGAAGCUAGGACAUCCAAGUUUACAAAGCUCACUUAACGGCGUCCGUUUGGAAGAGACAGGUGGCGACAAGACCGAAAAGGUCGAUGCUGACACCGAAUCCAUAGUUGGAGGCAGUCAAAGUGGCUCAGCUUCCGACGAUGAGAGCGAGGAUGGCGAUGAUGUCUAUGACGAGGAUGAGGAGGACGAGCAUGGCCCGGAUAGCACCCAACCUACAGAAAUCACCGCUCUAGAGUCCGAGGCAGACAAAGCCGUCACACGCAAACCAUCCGGCGCCGUUGUGACUAACGGAGCAGCGUCGGAAAAGCCGCAGGCCGCGCCUUCUUCCGCUCCUGCUGAAGACUUUCCUGGCCCGGCAACACAUGCUCCAACGGAUUGUGGAGACGCCGAAACACAUUAUGACAGAGUUGUUGGCGAUGACGUUGUUCCAGCGCCUCUGGGCAAGGUCUACAACCUUCUCUUCGGACCAGCAUCAGUAACCUGGAUGUCCAACUGGCUUACCAAUGACCAGAAAUGCAUGGACCUACAGAUGGAGGACAAGAAGGGGUUGAGUCAGGACAACAAGUCCCGAACAUACUCGUACAUCAAGCCGCUGUAUUCCUCAAUAGGACCGAAGCAAACGAAAUGCAUUGUGACGGAGGCGAUUGAGCAGAUGGACCUCGAGAAAGCCGUCAAUGUCACUAUCACCACUCAAACCCCCGAUGUCCCCAGCGGAAAUAUUUUCAGCGUCAAGACCAAGUAUUGUCUAUCUUGGGCUGAGAACAACAGCACUCGAAUGCAGGUUAACUGCACAAUCGAUUGGACGGGGAAGAGUUGGCUGAAAGGCCCCAUUGAAAAAGGUGCAAAUGAUGGUCAAACAACAUUUUGCAAAGAUAUAUUCGCUAGCCUAAAGGCGGCCGUAACAUCACGGCCUCGUUCCAGCACUGUCACCAACGGUGCUGCACCAAAGGGGAAGAGGAAAGGAAAGAAGAAGGCUGCGCUAGCUUCGAACCCUACUAGUGACAAUGAAGCGCUCACCAAACCAGCCGCCAAGCAAAGCUGGGGCAUCUUUGAACCUUUCCACGGUAUCCUGGGACCUGUCCUGGAUAUUCUCAUGCCGCUCCUCACAGGUAACGUGGUUUAUGGCCUCCUCGUAGGUCUGCUCGUUGCAUCAUGGUUUGGGUUUGGCUUCAACAACCGGGCGUCCACCCGCGCGUACGGCCACGACCUGGGCUUCUACGGCUACCCAGACCGAGUAGCAGCGUAUGAGGAGAUGUGGAGGCGGGAGGAGAGCGAGGUCUGGGAGUGGUUGGAGGAGCGCGUGGGGCUGGAUCGCCUCGGCGACGGCGCCAUGCCCACGCGGAAGAGGGUCACUGAGGCCCGGACCGUGGACGAGAAGCUCCGCGAGGACCGCAUGGAUGAGAGGGAGAUCAAGGAGGCCAUCAAGGUGACGGAGGAGAAACUAAAGGUCCUCAAGUCGGUCAUUGACAAAAAGCAGCAGACCAGGGAGGAGAAGGUCCAGGCCCAGGCGCAGCCACCACCUGCGGUCAAGGAGGGGAGCACACCCAGCGAGGGACAAUGA